GGUAGGGUGGGGGGGUCUGUUAGUACCCAAUAUUAACUGCAAUGCUCUUAAUAUUUUUCAUCUAAUCACAUCCAAGUUAGAUGGAAAAAUUUUUUUUUAUGACAAAAUUCAAGGUUAGAUUGAGAACAGUUUAUUUUAAGAAUGUAUUUCUUCUGAUAAGGGUUCUUAACUUUUUUUGUGCAGUGGAUCCCUUUGGCUGCCUGGUGAAGCCUAUAGACCCUUUAUCAGAAAAAUGUUUUCAGAAUGCAUAAAAACAUACAUAAAAUUAGAAAAGAAACAGCUGUAUUGAAAUACAGUUAUCAAAAUAUAAAAGAGGGCAAACUUGUGAUUCACGAUUAUGAAUUUAAUGCAUUAAAUUAAAAAAAAUCUAGUGAUGGGUCUAAUAACCACCAAAAUUUCCAAGUACUGAUGUAUAUAAAUGAUAUUUUAAGGCCGCUGUAACUCCUGUAAUGUGACGUGAAAAUACCUAGAUGUCUGUUGGUGACAAAGUCUCAGGAGCUACUAAUGCUAUUGUGGUGUGUUGCCUGCAUUCAAAACUGAAAGCUUUACAAUGUAAGUUUUAUAUUCUUUAUCUUUCAGGUCUUACUUGUUCUUGCUACUUAAAUUAUAGUUGACCUAUGAAGAUUUCCUGCUUUCCCAAAGAACUGAAAUCUUGCUUCAUCCCAGAGCCAAAGAAACAGAUUGUGGCCUGUGUUCUCUUUCUCUUCCUGCUUCCCUAACCUCUAACUUCAUUUAGAGCUUGAAGACUGACUGGGAUGGUAUGACAUUUUAGAGGAUGACCACUUAGAACGGAACCCUGAAAGCAGUACAUGUGUGGCUGACCACCGCCAUUGCUGGCAUAGACGCCUAGAAGGAUAAAGAAGAAAACGGGGAAGGAGGAAAGCACUGAAUACAAAUGUCUUAAUAAUGAGCAAAUGUGGCAGGAAAAAAUGUAUUAAGACAAAUCUAAGACAAAUGACCAUGGAAACAAUUGAAUCCCAGCAGGAUGGAAGUGUAACAGCUUCUGUGGCAGAGAACGAAUCUGCUCAUAUGCAGACUCAGACUGGUCCAAAUUCAAUUCCUACUUUAGCUCAGGUUUCUGUAGCUGGAUCAGGCACCGGAAGAGGCUCCCCAGCUGUAACUGUAGUGCAGUUACCUUCGGGCCAAACUGUACAUGUAAUUCAGACACCACAGCCAUCGGUUAUUCAGUCACCACAAAUACAAUCUGUUCAGGUAACAACAAUUACAGAGACAGAUGAGUCUGCAGAAUCAGAAGGUAUAAUUGAUUGUCAUAAACGUAGAGAAAUCCUUUCACGAAGACCCUCUUAUAGAAAAAUACUGAAUGAACUUUCCUCUGAUGUGUCUGGUGUUCCCAAGAUUGAAGAAGAAAAAUCAGAGGAAGAAGGAACCCCACCUAACAUUGCUACCAUGGCAGUACCAACUAGCAUAUAUCAGACUAGCACGGGGCAAUACAUUGCUAUAGCACAAGGUGGAACAAUCCAGAUUUCUAACCCAGGAUCUGAUGGUGUUCAGGGACUACAGGCAUUAACAAUGACAAAUUCAGGAGCUCCUCCACCAGGUGCUACAAUUGUACAGUAUGCAGCACAAUCAGCUGAUGGCACACAGCAGUUCUUUGUCCCAGGCAGCCAGGUUGUUGUUCAAGAUGAGGAAACUGAACUUGCCCCAAGUCACAUGGCUGCCACCACUGGUGACAUGCCAGCUUACCAGAUCCGAGCUCCUACUACCGCUUUGCCACAGGGAGUAGUGAUGGCUGCCUCACCAGGAAGUUUGCACAAUCCCCAGCAGCUAGCAGAAGAGGCAACACGCAAACGAGAGCUGAGGCUAAUGAAAAACAGGGAAGCUGCGAAAGAAUGUCGACGUCGAAAGAAAGAAUAUGUAAAAUGUCUGGAGAGUCGCGUUGCAGUGCUGGAAGUUCAGAACAAGAAGCUUAUAGAGGAACUUGAAACCUUGAAAGACAUUUGCUCUCCCAAAACAGAUUAGUAGAAAUAUUUAACUAUGAACUGAUUACAAAUGUACAGUUGCUUUUGAAGGCAAUACAAUAUAUAGCCGACAAGAAUUAUGGCUUUUUUCCUUUGUAUCAUUCAUCUUGUUCUCUAAUCUCUAACAUUCCUAAAAUGCUUCACUGUACUUAGUUCACUCUUAGCUGUAACUUCAAUUUUUUUAAAAGAGACAAACUGUAAAAAAAAAAAAAAAAAGUAUGUAACAAAUUCUUAAAAUGCACUAUUUGUAAGACUUGUUCCAAUGCCACAUAUUUGCAGUUCCCAAUCUCUGUGUCAUGAAUAGUGUCCUAUGCAAUAAAACUUUUUGCAGGUCUUUAAAAAUCAUUUUAGGGAAGGAUAAUCAAAGAUAAUGCAUCCAGCAGUACAAUAAAAGUAAACCACAAAAAAAAAAAAAAAAAAAAAAAACCCUCAGGAAAGAAAAGAAAGUAUAUCCAAUGACAUACCUAUAUAAGAAUAAUAUCCUGUAAACAAAUUUAUGGCAUUUGCAGAUUUUUAUAUUGGUCGCUUUGUAAAGAAAAUAUUGUAUUGCUGUCCUCGAAUGCCAUAGUUGAAGAGAAUUUUUAAUAGAACCAUGUUGGUUGCACUUUGUAGUGUUUGGUGCUCAUUUAAAUAUCUGAACAUUUACUCAGUUUUUACUCUAUUGUGUAAUAUAAAAGGUCUUGCAGAAGUUCUUAGUGUUGGUUUGAUAUUCCCUAAUGAAACUUUAACUUUUUAAUAUCUGGAAUGAGUCCAAAGCUUAUUAGAAUUGUAUUUACAUACCUUUGGGGGUAAGAGCCAAUUCCCAUACUGGGUCACAAUCUUGCCCAAUGCUGUUUCUGCUGCCACUGUGUCAAGAGCUUGUCACGUGGAAGAGAACUGUGAUUAGGAGAGACGCAGCUGUGUGUUAAGGAUGAGGUCUUUCUACAGAUGGUCUGGAGGUGUCCUGCUGAUGGUCCUCUGUUUUGAGAUUUAGCUACCAACCAUAGGAGUUUUAAAGUAAAAACAACAACCACCCAAGAUUUCACUUUUCAUUUCCAAACAGCUUGAAGUCCAUAUUAGACUGAAUGUUCCUGUGUCAGUACAUUCAGAGAAGUUCAUUACACCAGACAGAGGCAUUACUCCUGGUAUCCACGUUGCAUCCUAUUUUGAUCAUAAUAACUUCAAGGUGUAAGCCCAAAGCCCUGACCAUAUAAUGCUAUGCUAUUCCUUACUCACUCAUGAAACCUUUAUUGAAUGCCUACUGUGUGCUAGACUCUGCUAUAUUUUCUACCAUAGAUAGCGAUUUGUUAAGGAUGUCCGCCUACCCUACCAAUCUCAAGAGUGGAACUAGUUAACGUCUUAUAACCCAUUGCCGUUGAGUCAAUGCCAAUUCAAAUGUGACCCUGUAGGUUGGAGUAGUACUGUCCUAUAGGGUUUCCAAGGCUGUAAGCUUCACGGAAGCAGACUGCCACAUCUUUCUUCUGCAAAGCCGCUGGUAGGUUCAAACCCCCAACCUUUUGUUUAGCAGCUGAGCGCUUAACCACUGCACCACCAGGGCUUCUUAACAUGUUAUAAGGAGGUAUAAAGACAGGAGCCAUUUGUAUUGCAUCCAACUACUGCUCCCCGUAUUGUUAUAGUUCUUUCACUGAUCUAUUACGCUCGGAAGGUAGGGCAUUCCACUUUUGCCUUCUUUAGAAAUACUUAUUCAGAGUCUGAGCUCUGAAUUUCUUUUAUCUUUUUGUCUUUUCAUCUACAGAGAAUAAGAUGAGGAAAGAAGACAGGGGCGAACAAGAGGAAAGGAAAAGCCCAAGUUUCUGAUGAAGGAAAACAGCACUUUGCACACAUUCAUUCACUUGUUCAUUCAGUCACUGUAAAUUAAGUGCCUACUGUGUGCUCACAGCAGUAGUCACUGACAGAGAGAUACAAAAAUCGGCAGAACAAGAUGGAAAAAUUGGAGGCAGUAAAUACUAUAUGCUAGUGCUAGAAAAGGAUGUAGGCAGGGAUUAAUAUAAGAAACUGUUCUUGUAGGAGGUGGACUUUGACUUGGGCCUUGAAGUGAUUGAUUGUGCUGGGGAGGAUGGUAUUCCAGACAGAUUAUAGAACAUGCUCCAAAGAAGCAUGAAUUUGUGGGGGAGGAAAAGUUUGUACUCACAUAAGAGUUGGUUUAGUUUUUAAAUUGCGUGUAUACUAUAUAAAACAGGUUAUAUUAUUUCAGCGUAAGGGGAUUUCAUCAGAUUACUUGGGGCCACAAGUAACAGAAAUCUCUCUGCCCCCAAUGCAUUAAAUGAUAAGGACAUCUUACAAAACAAGUCCAGAGGUGGGAAGUCCCAGGGUUGUUUAAUUUAGUGACUUAACAAUGUCACCAUGAUCGGAUUCUUCCUAUCCAGUCUGCUCUCCAUUUAGGUUGAUUCCCCCUACUCCUAAUAUUUCUGCCACAGUUCCAGGCACCAGAGAUGCAAAAGGAACACUACUUUCUUUUGUGCUGUUUUAAGAGCAAGGAAAGUUUGCACAAAAGCCUGUCAGCAGUAGAUUCUCUCUCAUGUCUCCCUAGCCAGAUUUUCAUCAUUAUCCUAUUCCUUAACCAAUCACUGGCAAGGAGAAUGCAAUUAAAAGCUUUGGGUCACUAAUGAAGAUUCAAUCCCAGGGCUCUAAGCUUCUGUGAAACACAUGGCUGCUCAGUGUUGAAUAAAAUUGGGUCCUUUUAGCAAGGAAGAAUGUUGUGUAGGCAACUGGCAAUGUCUGCCAUCAGGAUGAAGAGCAAGCAUGUAGACUCUCCAGGGAGUUAGGAACAGUUUGUGAAAGAGUUGAGCCAAGCCUUCAAAAGUGCACGAGUAACCAGUUGCCAUUGAGUCGAUUCUGAUUCAUGGUGACCCGAUGCGUGUCAGAGUAAAACUCUGCUACAUAGGGUUUUCAGUGGCUGAUUUUUCAAAUCAGAUUGCCAGGCCUAUCUUCUGAGGCACCUCUGGGUGGAUUCUAACCACCAACCUUUCCGUUAGCAGCUGAGCACAUUAACUGUUUGCACCACUCUGAGGCUCCCAAAGACGCACAGAAACUUAUUUUUGUUCAUCUAAUUUGUCCCUGGAACCUAAGCUUUUGCUACCAAAAUAGCAUGAUUUGAUAGUGCUCCAUUCAGUCUUUCAGCAGAUACGACCUGCAAGCCCUUACUGAACAGAGGAAAACAGUAAGUUGAAAGUUUUACAUGAACGUUGUACUUCCUCUACAUCAGUGUUGCAUAGAACCCAGAGCUGUCACUGCAUUUGUGUCUUUUUUAUGCUAAAAGUUUCAGGAUCUGGAUGGUUGGAUAUAGAAAUUACUGAUCCUAGAUCAUGGGAUUACACUACCUUGUCAUAUUUAACUAGGUGCUUCAUGAUGCUAAAUUAUAAAGAUGUAUUUAAGUGUAUCUGAGCAUGAUGCUUGCCUGUAACUGAUGACAUUUAAGCAUCAGCAUAUUUUGGGUGACCAGCAACUGUUUUAUAGGCUGAUGCCUCUUUCUUUGCUCAAGCACACUUUUUAGUUUUCUUCACAUACUCUUCUUAUGUUCAGUCCAUGUUGUUUCCUAUGUGCCUAAAGUACACCUUUUAAAAGUACAAUGAUGACCUGUUAAACCAACAUACUUUGCCCAGUCUGCAGCCCAAAAGGAAGUGUUUUGGAUCCGUGUGAGGCAAGCAGAGCUGUAGCCAGUUGACGGCUGUCGUUAGUUGCCGUUGAGUUGGCACCGACUCAGGUGACUAGCCAUGACAUGAUGACUUUGAUACUGUUUUCUCACCGAGCAUGUUUUUCAGAAACUUAAAUAUGCUUAAUCUGGUUUAAGGUCAUACUAUACUACAGACCUAUUCUGAGCUACUCAAGCAUGGUAUAUUUUAAUUUUUAUAGUAUGUAUGAAGCUCUUUUCUAUAUAAAUCUGUUUUCUCAUAUAUACAUUUUAUAUUUAUACAUUUUAGAAUUUUAAUGUAUGGUUAACACAAAGCAUUUUGAACACAUUGUUUGUUCCUUACAGAUCCCCUCUGCCAUGGUGUGCUGUAUGGUAGCUUAUUUAUCAUGAGAUUUAAGAUGUUUCUUUUCAGGGCAGUUCUCUUCACAAUGCCCAGCACUUACAUGUAAUUUCACGAGGGGUGGAAAAUAAUGAAUAAAAGGAGAAAUCUAACCCUGUGCUUUGGUAUACUAGACUGCACUUCCUCGAAUAAAAUGCAUUCCUUGUUAUUUCUAAGUCAAUCUUAAUUUUCAAAAGGAAGCAGUUUGGGGGAGUUUUUUUUCUUUAUUAAAAAUAAUUAAAAAAAAAAAAA